AUGGCUCCCCCCAGGUUACUUCACCUCGAGCGCACCGCCUACAGGGCUUCUUGCACGCUCAACGCUACCCUCCCAUCAAGACGGCCACAACUCCCCUUUCUCUACCCAUACCUAAAAGAACAGACCCGGCAAGCCUCCCAUGCAUCUCAAGGUCAAGCCAACAGAUCAUCCCGAAGUGCUGGGAAAAGACUCGGACUCAAGCGCGCUGCAACAGAACUCGUUGUACCUGGCAACAUCAUAUUCAGACAACGUGGCACUCAUUGGUUUCCUGGCGAAAAUUGUGGUAUGGGACGUGAUCAUUCGAUAUUUGCCAAGGAAAAGGGAUACGUAGUUUUUUACAAGGCUCCAUGGAAUGGUGUUGGCUAUGGAGGGAGUGGAAGGGUCAAGGGAGAGGUUCCAGGGAAGGACUAUAAGAAAUACAUUGGGGUGGUGUUCAAGCGAGGAGACACAUUGCCCCGGCCACCUGGCGCGCAGAGGCAGAGGAGACUUGGCUUUCAGACACGAACGAGGCGGGACUUCACGACUGGAACUGCUGACCCUUCUGCUCCUCUUUCGCAACGACCGACCGUCCCUGGGGUUUCCCAAGUUCAGGGAACUGUGAGACAGCAGGACAAGGAAACUAUAGCAGAGGCCUCGCAAUUGCGAAUGACCGAAGGUUAUCAGUUCAGGGAGAGCAAUCGAAGCAUCGGUCGCACAGUGGACAGGAUGGCCGUUCCGGAAAAAGCUGUGCGAGUGAAGGCACUAGCGAAAAAGAGCAGAAUGAUGUGGCUGGUUUCGAACAGAAGUAGUCCCAGAUCUAGGAGGGCGAUGAAGAAAAGAAAGGAGGCUGCUAAACUCAAGAAGAAAACCAAUCAGUGA